ACCAUCUUCGAAACUCGUAAUGUUGGUAUGCCUGAAUCCGACGUAGCUGUAAUUUGUAUGUAUUUGUCGGAAAUUUUCUACGAAGAGCAACUGGUGUCGGAGCGAAGCGAAUUCUUUUAAAAUAUCAAUAAAAUAAAGUGUGUAAAGGAAAAAAUAUGUCGAAGAUCACAACAAAUCGGUCGCAAUACGAAAAAAUGGUAGAAUGCAUGACCGAAAGGCCGGACAUUGCUCGCGGCUUUGCAAAAGGAGCUAAAGAGGAUGUAGUGGAGUUUUGGGAAAGCGUCGCUCAGCAGCUAAACAGCUUAGGCCCACCGACAAAAGAUGUAUCCAGCUGGAAAAAGGUAUGGCUCGAUUAUAAGUGCUACAUUAAAAGAAAGCUUUCCGCCAAUAAAGCAGAGACGAGGGCAACUGGUGGUGGACCCAACAGAAUGCACAAUUUCAAUGAGUUGGAGGAAAAAGUGAUAGAGUUGACGGGCUUGCACACUUCCACAUCGGGGAUCAAUGGAGCUGUCUCUUUUGUGCAGAGGCGUUCCCCUCCGGUACUUUGGUACAGGAGCAAAUAA